AUGACAGAAAAUGACAAGCGCACAAAAGUGGAACAAUAUGUUGGGGAAACCAAAGGAGGGUUGAACCCAGCCAUGAAAAUCACUAUCAUCGGGGCCAUAAGUUCCAGGCCCAAGAGCUUUGCAGUGACUCUGCUCUCUGACCCUGUGGAUAUAAGCAAGGAUGUCGGGCUGUUGUUUGCAGUCAAUUUUAGUGAUAAGUCUAUCACUCGGAAUGCACGGACUGCUGGGAAAUGGGGAAGAGAGGAGAAGAAUAUUCCCUACUUCCCAUUCACAGCAGGGGACACAUUUAAGAUGGAACUCUUGUGUGAGCACCAGCAGAUGCGGGUCUUGAUUGAUGGGCGGCAAUUCUGUGAUUUCACUCACCGCAUUCAGACCCUGAGCAUGAUAACAUCUUUACACAUCUCAGGGGAUGUCAUACUUACCAAGGUGGCUUGAAAGAAAGACCCCAAUCUUAUCAGUAGAUUAAGACAGACGCACUUCUGGUUGGAUAGAAAAGUGAUCUCCCUUCUCUUCUGAGUAUUUCUUGAGAUCUAAAAUGUGGACUUUGAUUUGGUUUGGUUUAGUUUUGUUCACAAAUUCAGAACUUCUGCUUUUUCUCAUAGAGACUGUAGGGCUGCAGUGGCAGGGCUCGUUCAAACAAAUCUGAGGCCCAAUGCAAAGCCAUUCACUUGACCUCUCAAACUGAAAGGCUUAUGAUUCAGUAUGCAGCCUUCCCUCCCCUCAUCAGCUCUAAGCUGUUAUCAGCUGGAGGGGUUCAGUACCCUGAGGGUAGAGGUGGGCGUUAACCAUGUGUCUAAAACUGAAGAGUGUGAUUGUGGCUGGGCUUAAGGUAUAGAGGAUGAUGAUUUUCUGCAACGUAAGUGAGAGAAUCUGAAAUACAUGAACUAGAUUCACGUUAGAGGGAGAGCAAGCCUAAUACUCAAGGGAGCUCAAGCCAUCACCACACUUCUCUGUCAGCACUAAACCCCUAGUGCUUCACACCAUGAAGUAGUAACUGCUCCACAAGCAUUUCUGUUUCUCCUGGGGCUGCCCCUGUGAUUCCAAAUCCUCUGUAACUGCAAGUUUAGAAGCCUUAGCUGAACUGGUCCUCUGCAGUGCUGCCUAUAGCUAAACCUAUCACCUGUUUUGUUCUGUUCUGUAUGUCCUUUGUUCUUAUAUGCAGCUGAAAAUGCCUACUUACUUGCAAAUCCCUUUAGCUAUUUUGUUAAAUUAAUAUUUGUACCACUUUAAUGUUGUGAUGACUAUUUGCACCUGUAUGUUUUGCAAAGCUUCCAAACAUGUAGCUAUAAUGAUUAUACAUAUAUAUGCAUUAUAAUCACAAUGGAUUUUGUGCUUUGUGAACUAUGAAAGAACUAUAAUCCCUC